AUGUCGACGACAACCCCAACUACUGCUGUACCAAAUACGACCCCUAAGGCUACCAAUGGUCACCCUCGACCUUUGAACUCAAAAUCGAGACCCUUAAGUGCUGUUUCACCAAACAAUGUGCUGUCGGGUCUUCCAGCACACAAAGAGAUCAAACGUCACACAAGCCAACCCAUCCUGAAUUGGUUUCACCGAAAGAUCUCAGGAGGCAAGCCGGGGUCACGCAAAAGGCGUGGAAAACAGCUGAACGACACGGUGAACCAAGCAGACACUGAGCUUGAUCAGGCGCAAAACCCUGACGGAACAGUUCGAGGCGCUGCAUCCAACGCUGGCCGCCGUAGUUUACAUCUCCAUAUUCCGGAAAGUCCACUUCGCCUCACUCAGACAACUGUGAAAACUGUAGUUGAGCAGGAGAAUGUGAAACUUCAUGGACACCCAGAGACCUCGAUCCAUUCCAGGGCCGGAUCUCUUGGUCCAAGUCUGAAUUGGUCUGCCAGGGAACCCGGCGAGGCAGAUGAUGAUGCUUCCAUUCGGCCGAUACCUCCCUCAAUACCUCCCUCUCCUGUGCCUUCUCGCUCGACUCACAGUUCGUCAGCAACAAACACAUCUGCAGCAUGCACAACUGAUCAUCUGCAAACCUCCCAAUCCAUUGGUCCCCCAAGCACAAAGCCUACCACUGUCAUGUCUAUGGAUCUUGGUCCUGGUGGCCAUAUCGCUCAGGUCCUUCCGUCGCAAUCUUCUGUUUUAGGUAGAAAUGCUCUAAUAACAGCGUCGCCCGCCCCAAGCCCAUCUUCAUCAAGAUUUCCCCACCCGAGGUCUUCAAAUGCUCUUGCCUCAGUAAGCGCCUCUGUCUCAUUUAACAUGGGCCCAAGCGGUGCCUCUGGCCCAAAUCGGCAGGCUCCCCCACCCACAUAUGCAGUAGAAACGCCAACAACUAGUACAACAACAAGUACAAGUAUGACUGUGCCGGUCGCUGGAGCCAAACUGCUUACGCAUGCACCCGGUCUUACUCACUUUCAUCCCAAAAAUAACCCGCGACCAGCCUCUCCACCUCUGGACAACGCAAGCACUCUCACGCUUGCCUCCUCUAACUUUGCAAUGUCCCAUACUUCUCCACGAUCACGAUCCAUUGCAGCUGACAGGGACCUCGGGGAUACGAACGCAAGUAUGCUGGCAUUGAGACCCAGCAGCAGACGUAGCAGCUGGGGUAGUGACGAGACUGGGUGGAGUGCUACUGGGCAAAGCACCCACACAGGGAUCAGUGCUGCUGGUCCCGGAGGACUGUUGAAUAUUGGGUCUAGCAUUGGGCCGAGGCGUCGUGGCACUGGCUCCAUUGCGACGGCUUGGAGCUAUCGCACCGGAGGUACAGGACCUCUUGAUCAGGCCGUCGACGGAGAAGAGCAGGUGACAGAAGAGGAUUUGGGUACACAUGACCAGGGGUCAUUAAUGUGUGAUGCGUGUUCGGGCCAUAUCACGCCCACGGAGGAUGUCCUAUUCGAUUUGCCAGAAUCUGUCGAAUGCAUGCGACCUGAGGACAUUCCUCUCCCAGCUUCUCCGAUUCUGGACGCGGAAUGA